CCCACUCCCCUACAGGAGCGAUGGGAGAAUAAUCUGGGACACACUCAGCCUUCAGUGUCAUGUGUCACAAGCCACCAGGACCAGCCUCCUUGAUGCUGCAGCAACCAGACCCAUCUGUCCUCUCAGGAGUUGGGGGAGAAGGAGCCAAAUCACAUGUGGCCCGCUGCCCCUUCCACUGGGCUCCAGCUCAGGGUGUCCUCAGCCUCCAGGACCAGCACCCCCAAUGCCACAGCAGCCAGACUCCUGCCCCCCAGCAGCAGAAGAGGAGGGUGAAGAAGUUCCCGUGACAACAUAUAGAACUUUGGGAAGGUGGCAGCCGUUUGGGUCUGGGCUGUUUACCUGGGAGAUCCAUGAGGGAAAAUGUGCCUCUUCCUGCUAGUUCUGAUCCUGGAAAUGCAGUUCCACCUUAUGCCAGCUUUAUUCACUGUCCAGAUUCCCAAAGACUUUUAUACAGUGGAUUUCGGCAGCAAUGUGACAAUGGAGUGCCACUUCAAUGUUGAAAACCAGAUGGACUUCAACAUUUUAUUAGUCUUUUGGGAUAAAGAUGAAAAGAACAUUGUGAAGUUUGCUAAAGGCCAGGAAGACCUUAAAACCCAGGAUGAACACUACAGAGGAAGAGCAACCUUAUUAAGAGAAGAGCUGUCCUUGGGAAAAGCCUUGCUUCAGAUCAAUGAUGUCAAAAUAACCGAUGCUGGGCAGUACCGCUGCCUAAUUAGCUACGGGGGAGCCGACUACAAAUAUAUCACUCUGAAAGUUAAAGCACCCUACAAGCCAAUAAACACCCAAAUUCUUGCAGCCCCUGGAGGGGAUGAAGAGGAUCUCAUCUGUCAGGCUAAGGGCUUCCCUCUAGCAGAAGUGUCCUGGCAAAAUGUCAGUGCACCUGCCAACACAAGUUACACUAGAACUCCAGAUGGGCUGUACCACAUAACCAGUGUGCUAAGGCUCCCAGCAAACUCCAACAAAAAUGUCAGCUGCAUAUUCUGGAACAAAGAUGUGAAUGAAAGAACAACCGCUAAUCUGGACCCUCCAGCUCCCACAGAGGUACCUCUGGCUGAAAAGACAUCCCUGUUUUAUUUGUUCAUUCCCACUUGCAUUAUUGCCUUUAUUUUUAUAUCUGCUUUGAUAUUUCUGAGGAGACCCCUCUGCAGAGAACUUUCCAACAGGAAAGAGAACCGAACAAGAGGAAAUGGGCUCACAUUGCAGCAAGAAAAAGUUAGACAUAAGGAAGACAGAGGGAAGAAUUUCUUUGAAUGUUUGAACCUGUGACCCCCAAGAGCCGAACACAGUUCGAUCAUUCAGGAUCAAGAGACUGCAAGCACUCAGCAGAGCAAAGCUCCUUGCAGGGUUGGCGAUUUGCACUUUGAGAAAAUCCAGUACUUUGAGCUUCUUUUCCGAAACAGUAAACCCAAACCCCUGGAUGGGCAGUACCAAAGCCACGAAAGUCUUCUCGGCUACGGUCAGGCCAAAAUGUGUUUCCAGGGCACGAGGCAGCCUUGAAAGUGUGUGAGCUGUUGCGCUAACAGCCCUGCUUGAAUUCUGGACAUCAUCUGUUUCCCUCUGAAUGGACAUGUCUAUUUGGAAUUUUUUUGCACUUUAGAAAGAUGCUGUGGUGAGGACUCCACUUGGACGUAUUUCAGGAGUGGAAUCAGCCCCUACUAGCUUAAGGCCAGCUCCAAACUGGGUUUUCUCUCUAGACCAUUGCUGGAGGGUUGAAGACUUGAAGUGGAAGCAGAGAGAACUGUUAAACCUCUUAUCUUGUGCAGAAAGGAGGAAUUCUAAAGGGAUUUCGAGAGGACCAAAGAAGAGCUGGAUUUUGCCAUUUACAGAAGUAGAUCAAACUCAAAUACAAUGUCUCCUAGUCAUAAUUUGGGCUACCUCUUCAGAAACACCCAACCCACUAAGCCAUUUCUGGCUCAAGGCCCCCACAAAACCUAGGCACAUCUAGCACUGCCUGGUUUGUUAAGGUUGGGAGCCACAGGCAAAGACCAUAUCAAACACCAUAUUCUGAGUAAAACCUAACAGACUGGUAUUCUAAAUGUUUAUUCAUAGGAGUAAAAAAGUUUUCUGAGGGUGACCAGUUAAACGUAAUGCAGAGACACAUCCAUACUAGACCAUUUUGUUAACUUUUCUAGGAAAAAUGAAGUAUAGUCCAUUGACCUAAGUAAAUACAAAUCACAAGCAUAAAAUUUAUU